ACCUCUUUUCUAGAUUCUGCCAGCUCGGCUUCACUAGCGUUAAUAGAAAAAUAUUCUUGUUAUACUUAUAAACAUCUUCGGUAUAGCUCUUGAGUGGACUUUUUUGUAUAACAGUCAAGGUGCGCUGGUUAUCACUGCGGUCUCGCCAAAAAUCCAUCCAGACUACAGUAGAAUAUGAGUUUUAUAGUUGAAGAGAGGGGGAACCCAAAUACACUAAGCUAUCGUUUGUUUUUCAAAAAUGCUGAUGGAAAGUACAUUUCCCCAUUCCAUGACAUCCCAAUGUACGCUGAUGAGAGCCAGAACAUUUUCCACAUGGUUGUUGAGGUCCCAAGAUGGACAAACGCAAAGAUGGAGAUUGCGACCAAAGACCCCCUGAACCCGAUCAAGCAGGAUGUGAAGAAGGGGAACCUGCGUUACGUGGCCAAUGUUUUCCCUCACAAGGGCUACAUCUGGAAUUAUGGAGCAAUACCUCAGACAUGGGAGGACCCGGGGCAUAAAGAUGGAGACACUGGCUGCUGUGGCGAUAAUGACCCCAUUGACGUUUGUGAGAUUGGUACCAAGGUGUGUUCACGUGGGGAGGUUAUUAAGGUGAAGGUGCUGGGGGUUUUGGCCAUGAUUGAUGAGGGGGAGACAGACUGGAAGGUCAUGGCCAUCAAUGUGGAGGACCCUGAAGCUAAGAACUUCAACAACGUCAGUGACAUCCAAAGGCUGAAGCCAGGAUACUUGGAGGCCACUGUGGACUGGUUCAGGAGGUACAAGGUACCAGACGGGAAGCCAGAGAACCAGUUUGCCUUCAAUGGGGAGUUUAAAGACAAGGACUUUGCGAUUGAGACAAUAAAGAACACACAUGACUUCUGGAAGGCACUUAUCUCUCAACAGACCAAUGCUGGAGGACUCAACUGUAAAAACACUUGUGUGUCGGGGUGUGACAACCCCUUCAGCAUCUCCAUGGACGAGGCCAAGGCUGUAGUAGAUGAGACAAGCCCUUGUGGACCUGGAGAGCCUAUCCCCUGUGCAGUGGACGCAUGGUUCUACUAUGAGAAGUAACUUCAAACCAGACCAGACCUUUGGCCCAGAAGUGCCUAAUUUGUUUAGCAAGGCAUACUUGAAGAUAAUCAUCGAUUGUAGGUGUGGUUGUAAGAGAAUUUUUGUUCCACCCUCGG